CGUAGUUCGUAUCCAUCGUGGGUUCCACCUCAGUCGUGUUCAACACACUGUGCCUCUAGAGCGCAUGCUUCGGAUCGAGUCUCCGUGCGCGUUCGCGAGUCGAAAACGUAUCGGGAGAUGAUGCCAUUAUAUUCGUAGAGCAAAUCUUUCACGAGCGAGUUCUCAUCGUAGUCAUAGGAUGGCUUGUCAAAGUGAGCAAGAGGAAGAAGCCGAAGUUCUCUUAUCCAUCUACGAAGGGGACACAUCUUUUCGAAAAGUGUCGCCGACCACAUAUCAUUACCGUUAUGGCGAGGAGAACUCAAGCAAAGACUUCGUCGUAGAAUUGAUCUGGGGUGAGAACUAUCCGAAUGAGAUCCCUGAGAUCAAUCUCGACUUGUUCGGGAACAAUCAUCUGGUGUCAGAUGUGCGAGACUCGAUAAGGAAUGGACUGAAGGAGCAAGCGGAGAAUAAUACCGGCAUGCCAAUGACUUACACCCUGUUCGAAUGGCUCAAGGAAAAUGCAGAGAGCCUCACGGCCGCUCAACCGGAGCGAAGUUCAGUGGAUAUCAAAGAUGACAAAGCUAGCACUUGCUGUCAAUAUGAAGACGUGCGUUGUAAAUGCAUCUGUCCGAGUACAUCUGUGGUGGGCGGACAAUCCGACGGCAGGAAACUUUACAUAAAAAACGUUCCACCCAGAAGAUGCGAUUGCGAGGGAGUGGUCAUGCCGACUGUGGAGCCCGCUUUGAAAGAAAAAGCGGCAGAGUUCUGUCCCCGUUGUGAGUGCAAGUACGAGACUCGGAACACUACAACGAUUCGCGUCUGUGUUAUUCUCCUCAUCUGGGUAGUCGCGCUCCUUACCUUAUACAUGGGCUUCUUGAGGUGUCUGGAUCCGCUCCUGAACAAACGAAGAGGUAUCGUCAAAUACGAGGAGCAUUUGAACGAAGACGUCAAUCUCGGCGAGUUCGGUAGCAAUGAUGCGGGUAAUGCCUCUUCGGAGAUCGACGUCCAGCAGCGAGCGACUCGGGUACGCGCGGGCUCUGGAGUACUCGACAAGGUCGGAGCUCAACAGGACAAGUGGAAGCGUCAAGUGCAGGAACAAAGGCGGAAUAUUUACGACAAGAGAACGAUGCUUAAUUAAAUGUUAUCUUCUUCAAAAAUCGGUCCCUCAUCAACCGGGCCGCAUUGUUUGGCCAUGAGGCGACUCGCGUCAGGGAACUCUGUUCAAGCCCGAGUCUCUGAUGAUGGAGCGUUGUUUCUGUAUAAUCAUCUGGUCGGAGUUCUGAGGUAGCUCCAGUGAUCGUCUGCCUACACAACGCGGCGAUCACGUCAAUCUCGUGAAGCAUAUUGAGGUGAAGAUCUAGGACGAGCGGGAAUAAAUG